AUGCAAACACUUAGUAAAAUAGCAUCAUUUCUAAAAUCAGCGUUAAAGGUUAUAACCUUUCCACUGUUUGCAUUAUUGAUACUCUAUGAGAAGCUUUAUAGAAGACAACAACAACAAUGUACAUUUAAAAGUUAUCAGGAUCCUUGUUUAGAGAAUCAACAAGAGAUAAAAGAAAAGAAAGGUGAUUUAUUAGGAGAUGAUGGUAAAUUGGUUUGUUGUGGAUGGUCAAGAAACACAAUGUUUGAUUAUAAUCCAUCGGCAUUAUCAUUGUAUCAGAGAAUGUUUAGAUUAAAGGAAUGGAGUUAUUAUGCAGUUGGAUCAGAGACCUUUUACUUUGCAGUGGCUGCUGUUGAUUUGGGUUAUGCCAUCAAUUACCAAACCUUUUACAUUGAUUACGAGAAUCCUGCCAACACUCGAAAGGAUCAAGUUGUCAUUCCCGGAUUCUUUCGUCGUGGUCGAUUCAUGCCCAAAGAUUCUUGUUUGGCUGGUAAUCACAUUCAAUAUAAUUCAAAAUCAUUUAAAAUUCAUUUUCAUGUAAAUGAUCAUCCAUUAGAAGAGGAGGAAGAAGAAGGUAGUAGUAGUACUAAUCAUCAACAUGGAGAAUGUACGACAAAAAUGUUAACAAAUGAAUCAAAACAUUUACAUUUUAUCGAAAUGGCAAGUGAAAAGAUGAAGACCAAAGUAAAGAUGGAAUUUGAUGUAUCACCAACCAGAGAAUCGAUGGUAUUGGCAACUAGAAUUGGAGAAAACAAAUUCUAUUACAAUAGAAAGACUAAUCUUAUUCCAGUAAAGGGUAGUCUUUUAGUAGAUGGUGUUGAGCAUCUAUCGGAUCAGUAUGAUGGUAACAGACAUAGUUUUGGUAUAUUGGAUUGGGGUAGAGGAGUAUGGGAGUAUAAUUCAUUUUGGAUUUGGUGUACUACUUGGAAGAGAAUGGAUGAUGGUCGUACGAUUGGAUUCAACUUUGGUAGUGGAUUUGGUGAUCUUAGAAGUCACACUGAGAAUUGUGUCAAUAUCGAUGGUGUCAUACACAAACUUGGUCAUGUAGAAAUUAAAUACAACAAGGAUAAUCUACAAAGUCCAUGGACUUUUACAUGUCCCCAUGGACGAUUCGGCGAUGCACCCAUCACAUUUACACCAAUCACCAAGAAACUUGAAGUUGAGAAUUUCAUCGUCGUCUCUUCUCAUUUCAGUCAGAUCAUUGGUCAUUUUGCUGGCACUGUCAUCCUAGACAACGGUGAAAAGAUCACAUUUGAUAAUAUGUAUGGAUUCUCAGAAGUUCAUUAUGCAAGAUGGUAA